UUCUAACAGAAUCUGAAUUCAACAGUUUUGAAUCUGCUGUUACUUCUGAACUACAACAUGCCAGUAAAGGCGAUUUGCGAGAAGCUGUUUUGAAAAUUUUAAAGAAUAUCAUGGGACCCAAGAUAGACUGGUCCAGAAUCACUAACUGUGUGCAAAGGAAAGAAGAAACUGUGAAUGAAUUCACUGAAAGGUUUUGUCAGUCAGCUGUAGCUUACAGUGGAAUAGUUGAUGAUCCUGAAAGUGUGCUAGAUGACAAGGGACCCCUAGUCCGCAUCUGGUCAGAUGGCCUUGUGGCCAAGUACAGAAAAGCAUUGCCAUUCCUAGAUCUAACUUGGUCUAACAGGACACUCAGAAGUAACCUAGACAGGUUAGCCACAUGGGAAAGAGAUGCUGAUGUUAAGGCAAAAGUGAGUAGCAGCAGCUACAACAAACCAAGACAAUAGAUGGCCUAAAAGAGAAGGCAAAUGUAACUACUGUGGAAAAUUGGGAGAAAGCGUGUAGGAAGAAGUUGCAAGAUAGUAGAAGAAAUACUAUGCAUAAUUCUGCUUCUUCUCAGCCCGCCUACAACCCUGAAGUAGUUCCGCCAUUGUCUACCGAAACUUUAGGACAGCUAGCUCAGGCUCUUCUAAGAGCACAACAAGAACAGGAAAAAAACAAAUUGUUGGGGCUGUGAGUAGCUACCUUUCCCCUGUAAUCCAUCACAAUGACAAAAGAAUCUUUGUGAAAGGUAGCAUACAAGAGAAAGAGAUUGACUUUUUGCUUGAUACAGGUGCAGAAAUUACAGUAAUUCCUAUAAAAUUGGCUAAAGAUUUAAACAUCCCGUACAAGAAAACUAAACAUUGUUUAACUGGUGUAAUAGGUGAAGAUUCUGUUUUUUAUGAAACCCCGCCCAUUGAGGUACAAUUAGGCCCAAAAACUCUGAAUACAAAAUUGCUAUGUGCUCCAUUAAAUACAGGUGCAAUUCUGGGCAUGGAUCUACUGAGACAAGUACAUCUAACAUUAGACAUGUCUUCAGAAUCUGCUAGCAUAAAAAUUUCCUCAGCACAAGUUUCUACCAAUAAUGCAACCACUCCCGAGUAUGCUUUCUUACAGAAUCAUCCAGUUUGUGCUAAAGACAAGGAUGAUUGCGGGCUUUUGACAGGUGUAGAACCAGUCAAAUUGACAGGAACUCCACCUCCUGUUACCAAACAAUAUCCGAACAGUAAGGAAGCUAUACAGGGAGUCAAACCUAUUGUAGAAAAAUUGCUUAAGCAAGGAGUGCUAGUUAAAACCAACAGUCCCUGUAACUCACCCAUAUGGCCCAUCAAGAAAGCCAAUGGGACAUGGAGACUCACCAUAGACUACAGAGUUGCCAAUAAACAUGUUGAUAAAAUCACCCCCCUAGUAGCAGAUCCAUCUACAAUUUGUAAUGGUUUACCAUUAGAUUGUAAGGUUUUUUCAGUAAUCGAUAUGUCUAAUGGAUUCUUUUCUGUACCCUUGCACUCUGACAGCCAAGCAUGGUUAGCUUUCACAGCUUUGACUAUGAGCAAUACCAGUGGACACGGUUGCCACAGGGAUUUCAAAAUUCUCCGACCAUAUACCAUCAGGCUGUCAGACGUGAUUUGUGUGACCCAGAAUGUCCAGUCAACCAGUCCAUUAUGAUUCAAUAUGUUGAUGAUAUUUUGAUUGCCUCAACAGAUCAUGAGGUACAUCAAACUGAAUUGGCAGCAUUGUUAGACUAUUUGCAUAAAAAAGGACACAAAUGCAGCUUUCACAAAGCUCAAAUUGCUAAAAACCAAGUCACGUUUCUGGGUCAAACAAUUGGUACAGGAUGUAGAUCCAUUACACAGGAUGACUUGUUUAAAGGCCAGAUUAAAGAUUCUGAUACUGUUUGUAUGGAAGAAAUCCAUAUCAAAGCUUUCAGUGCUUUGAAGAGAGCACUAUGUCAAGCACCAGCAUUAGGAAUUGCACAAUCUGAUAGGCCCUUUGUGCUUUAUGUUCAUGAACGCUUUAUGACUGCAUGUCUAAUGCAAGAUCAUGGGGGCAGUUUACGCCCAAUUCAUUACUAUUCUGGUAAACUUGACAUAGUCGCUCAAGGUAUGGGCCCAUGUCUUAGAGCCGUGCAGGCAGUUCAUCUAGCGCUACAGGCUUCAUCAGGAACGGUGUUAGGACAGACUGUAAAUGUAAGAUGCCCUCAUGCAGUGUCCGCAUUAAUGAAUCAAGCAAAAGUCACUUCUGUCACCUCCUCUCGUUGGGGUAAUUGGUUAACGACCCUCACAGCCCUGAACAUUGUUUUACAGCGUGCGUCAGUCACAAACCCAUCCUCAUGUAUGAUGUCUGCAAUGACUGAAGUUGUGUUAGAGGAUGAAGGAGAAAUGACUCACGACUGUGUUACGCUUACAUACGCACCUACGAGUGAAGUAGCAGAAACUCCCAUAGAGAAUGCAGAAUUGGAGUUGUUUGUUGAUGGUUCAGCUCAAGUCAUUGAAGGCAACAAACGAGCAGGUUAUGCAGUAACUUCCAUCACUGAAGUGGUAGCUUCAGGUCGUCUUCCAGAUCAUUUUUCAGCUCAAGCUGCAGAACUAGUAGCCUUAACUAGAGCAUGCACACUAGCUUCAGCAUCGGUUGCAAAUAUCUACACUGAUUCCAGGUAUGCUUUUGGGGUAAUUCAUGAUUUUCGUAUAAUUUGGCAAAGUAGACAGUUUCUAACUUCUGCUGGAUCCCCCAUUAAGCAUGCUGGAUUAGUGAAAGAUCUAAUGUUUGCCAUGAAACUUCCAAAGAAAUUAGCUGUGAUCAAAGUGAAAGCACAUCUCACAACUAAUACUAUGGAAGCUAAAGGUAAUGCUCUUGCUGAUGUAGCUGCUAAACAGGCUUGCUCCUAUGCAACUGUACAAGUGUGUUCAGGUAGUACAGCACAGAAGAUAAUUCUGCCUCCUGAAUCAAUCAUUGAUCUGUACAAAUUGAUCUGCUUCGAUAUGAAACAUGGACAUGGUUAGACAAGGGAGCCACAGUGGAUUCAUCUGGCUGCUGGACCAAAAGGGGAAAGUAUGUUGCUCCCGAAUCAAUGUUGCCAUAUUUAGCUCAACAAAUCCACAAUUUGGGUCACAGUGGUCCAGCAACGAUGAAUCACAGGUUCUCAAAUCAAUGGUGGAAUCCAAAAUUCAGAAAUGUAGCCAUCAAAACAGUCAAGAGAUGCGUUACAUGUCAGAAAAAUAAUGAUGUGUCAGCAGCAACUACAGCAGCAACACAUACCCCAGCUCCACCAGGACCAUUUCGUCACCUGCAAGUUGAUUACAUAUCGUUGCCUCCUUGUAAAGGAAAAACUGACGUUUUGGUAGUAAUAGACAAAUUCUCAAGAUGGAUAGAAGCUUAUCCAACAGGGCGUGCUACAGCUGCCCAUACUGCUAAAUGUCUUGUCACUGAUUUCAUUCCCAGAUGGGGAUUACGAGAUUAUAUUGACUCAGAUCAAGGAACACACUUCACAGGACAGGUAGACAAGGAAGUGUCUAGAAUGUUGAAGAUUAAAGUGGAAGCAUCAGGACAGGUGGAACGAGCAAACAGAACAAUCAAAACCAGGCUAAGCAAAAUGUAUCAGGAAGGAGUACCAUGGGUCGAAGCUCUGCCAGCGGUACUGUGUAGUAUGAGAGCAUCACCUAAUAGAUCAGUGGGACUGAGCCCUCAUGUGAUUAUUACUGGACGCCCAAUGCAGAUGCCAGGUGUGAUUGAUCUUAGAAAUGCUGACGUACACAUUGCCUCAGAUGCCCUGAUCACUUACUGUGAAAACCUCACAAAGGCAGUACAAAGUGCCAGAGAGAGAGUUGAGUCAUGUUGGCAGACUCCACCAGAAGGUGGACACACAAUCAUCCCUGGUCAGUGGGUCAUGAUAAAGUCAUUUAGAAACAAGCCAUUAGAGCCUAAGUGGCAUGGACCACAUCAAGUGAUGUGAUGUUGAUAACAGCAGCUGCAGUGUAGUGUCAGGGAAGGAAAACCUGGACUCAUGUGUCACACUGUAAAGUUGUUCCCCCACCUACAGGGAUUGGAUAGGACACACAGAUCAGUGAGGAGCCCAGGGAAGAACUGAAAGCAACAGGCUUUGGGGGCCAACCCUGUGGUGAAGACUCCCUCAUAGGCCUUCCCCAUCCACUAGUCCAUCCUUACCUCACUGUUCUUUAGGUGUCAUGGGAAUUAAGGAAUAGGGAGAGAAGGAACAACAAUAGCAGACUCAUAUUGAAUAGAGGAUACAAUCCUAGUGUUUAUAGUUUUUUUUUUUUUUACAACAGAUACUUUUGUUUUCUUUCUUACUCUGUGCAGAUACCACUUGAUGGCUGUUCCGAGACCCAUAAGCACAGACCUCCUCACCUGCGGAUGAAGCCACGACUUCUAAAAAGACAACUAGACCCACUGCUGAACCAACUGUCACAGAAGAUUAAAAAAAUACACAAUGCAGAGAAUCACAUAUGAGAACUUCAGUCAUCCAGCAACAUGAUCUUUCAACAAAAUUACACCAGAUGACUGAAGAUAAUUCUUCAUGGUUCAGAAACCUGUUAGGGAAACCCUGGCUAUGGAUCAAAGAAAUAGCAAUUCUGUUGUUGUUUUUCCUACUGGUGUACUAUCUAUGCGUCCACAGUAUCAAGUGUUUCAUUCAACAAAUAACCCACACCCAUCAAGAGGAAAUGACAGCUCCAACCAGAAAAGACUAUUACCUGUAAGAACUUCACAGACUCUAGCUACAUAUUUGUUUAUAUGUCAGGAUGCCAUUCGUAACCACAGUCAACAACAGAACAAGUGCUAUGUGCCUGUAAUGAUCACAAGUUACAAGAAUGAAGUGUUUAAAUUUGUAUUUUGUGAGAGUUAUUAGAACUCUCAAAGGGGGAACUGUUGGAUUACAAAUUUAUAAAAUGUUAAAUCUAGGUUCCAACGUAAUAGUAUAUAAACUAAAAAGUUAUGUACAUUGGGUUUUACAUUUUAAGGUAAAGAUGAUGACAUUCUAAGAAGAUCAAGUCUGGCAGCCCAGGUGUCUGAGACAUUAACCUUUUGUCUGUAUGUACUUCCUGACAACUGGGCAGGGUCCCAGGUUAAAUGGGAAUGCUAAUCUCAAGGUCAGGCUGUGCCUUUGUCUCUAUGAUAAUGUGAAGGUCUGGGUGAUACGGUCAGGCUGAUUGGAUUAGCACCUAUGCAUUUGAACAACACUGUUAUGCUGAUGAGCUCAGGGCUGGGGAAAUUUCGUUACCGGGCUGAUUCCUGUACUGCAGAUGCAUGCUUUGUUUAGAUUGUCUUCACCUCUAUGUAUCCCUCCACCUGGAAAAGUACAAAUUCUACAGUGCUGAAACUAUAGUCAGACUUGGAUGACUACAGUGACACAGUUCUCAAUAAAGAGUAACUUCUGCUUGAAAGAGGCAACGUCUGCCCAAUGUCUCCUGGUCUUUGCUUCGACAAGGAAAAAGUUUCCAACAAUGUAAUCUGAGGAAUGACUUACCAGUCAGAUGGUGUGCAGUGUCCUGGAGAUGUUGUCCAAGAGGACUGCUGCUCCAGCUCUGCUUGGGUGCAGGCCAUCAUAAUGGUAGAGCCUAGGACGCUCCCAGAAAACAUUCCAAUUAUCAACAAAUGGUAUAUUCUGUUCAUGACACCAAGACUGUAACCAUUCAUUGAAUGCAAAUAGCCUACUGAACCUUUCAAUUCCUCGCUAGAGUGUGGGAAGUGGUCCUGACACAAUGAUCCUCAUCGGGGGCGAUGUGGUGCGAACCUUCUCCACCAGGUUACUGAAGUCCUUCUUCAGGAUCUCCGUCUGCCUCAGCCUGAUGUCGUUCGUGCCAGCAUGGAGGACCACAGCUCCGAUGUUCUUGGUGAGGAUCGUGGGUACCUGUGCAGCGUACACGACAUGAGCACCAGGAAAGCAACGAGUGUGCACCUUACCUUUAGCUGCAGUAGCACAGACGUGCCGGACGAUGGAGUCUCCGAUGAUCACCGCGUUGCGCGCCAUCUCACGAAGGGGAGUGAAGCGGUUGCGGGUCGAGAUCUCGAAGAUGGGUGGCAGUGGGGGGGAGAGGUCCUCGGCCGGGCCAAGGCGUGUGUUCCGCUGCUGCUGCAUCCAGGCUCCGUGGUACCCUGGUGCCAGAGUGAACAAAACCUGGGCGGGCUGCCUCCUAGCUGCACUGGGCCUGGGCAGAGAAACACGCGGUGUUGAGGUUGUGGGAGUGACCAUAUCACGCCGCAGAUUUACCUGGGACAGGUGAGCGUCAGCCCGGGAUGAUUCCAGCGUGGCUCUCCGCUGUCGCAGCCGGGCUAGCUUCACCUGAAGGUUGUGGAUCUGCUUCUCCACGGUCUCCAGCUCCACAUCUACCGAGGAUUCGAAGGAAUCCUCACCUGCACUCAAAGGCAAACCCACAACUGACAUAAUGUUAAAAUGAAGUAGAAUAACAGAGAUAAUUGGUGAAAUAUGUAAAAUAUAAACAGACUCGAGAUAGCUGGGCUAGUGGGUUAGCGUGCUAGUAGCCGGGCUAACGGGUUAGCGUGCUAGUGGGCUAACCAGCUGUAAGCGGGUGUUCAGAGAAACAAAUAAAACUAGUGAUUUAAAAACCGUUUGGAAUGAGAAUGUUAUGUGACACUAUCAGCUAAUGAAGAUAUUAUAAAAAGUUAUGAUCUAGGAUAGAAAUCUAGAAAACUUAGCAAAAUUGUAGGUCAGCAUGAUGGAGCUCAGAAAAACUCACUGUAUGCCAUACAGUGCCAUACAGUGAGUCUGUAUGGCAUGACUAGGUAUUCAUAGUGUCCCCGUGUUGUGUGGAAAUCUGUGUUCCAUUCGUCCCCCUCCUUGAUUCGAACGAGGUUAUAGGCGCUCCGUAAAUCCAACUUGGUGAAUAUCGUGGCCCCUCGAAGUUGUUCUAGAGCCACGGGCACCAGAGGGAGAGGAUAGGGGUACUGGACGUUGAUCUUGAUCAGACCUCUGUAAUCAAUGCAAGGGCGGAGGCCACCGUCCUUCUCCGCAAAAAAGAAGCCGGCAGCAGCAGGUGAAGUAGAGGGGCGAAUGAACCCCGAGGCUAGCGCUUCUUCGAUAUACUCAUCCAUAGCUUGAUUCUCUGGCAGAGAUAGAGGGUAAACAUGGCUUUAAGGUGGCAUGGCAUUGGGUAAUAGCUCUAUGGCACAGUUCCAAGGGCGGUGAGGUGGAAGAUGUGAGGCCUUUUCUUUACUGAACACUUUGUGUAGAUCCUCGUACUCUUUGGGCAGCUUAACAGUGUAAUUGGAUUCGGGGCUUUCAACAGACGUGGUGAGGCAUGGACGAGGCGCGUGAAGAGACCAGUGUGUCAGUUCCCCCUCUCUCCAGGGAAUGCACGGUUCAUGCUGUUUAAGCCAGGGCAGACCCAAGACUACAGGAUUAGAAGGGUGUUUCAAUAAAAACCUGUCCAAGGAGGUUUGUUUCUUCCUCCCUUUCAAAGUGUUUGGAAAAUGAGUGAUGAGUGAUGAAGUGUCGUUACACAGCGCCAAUGCACGACCUGGAGAGAUAACCACGUGAACUGACCACUCGCUGGGCUACCUAGUGACGGGUGGAGUAAGCUCGCUCGCUCGUAACUCAGAUCUCGGCUCGUCUCUUAAAGCAAAAAAUCGACCGAGCGAUGGCUCGUAUCUUGAAAAACUCGUAAGUGGAUUCACUCAUAAGUCAAGGUUUCACUGUACUGUAUAUUUCAACAUUUGAAUGUGUGUCUGUGUAAAAGUGUAUGCCAAUUUUAUAUUCGUCUGCGGUGUGGUAGUACAGAUGGUGUAUUCCUGGUGAGUUUUGUGUGAUAUCAGAAAGAAUCAAGGGGAAGGUGUGGUGAGACCAGCCAUGCUGUAUGGUUUAGAGACAGUGUCACUGAGGAAAAGACAGGAGUCAGAGCUGGAGGUAGCAGAGCUGAAGUUGAGCUUUUCCUUGGGAGGGACACGGUUGGACAGGAAUAGGAACGAGUACAUCAGAGGGACAGCUCAUGUUUGAUGUUUGGGGGACAAACUUAGGGAGGACAGAUUAAGAUGGUUUGGACAUGUCCAGAGGAGGGAGAGUGAGUAUAUUGGUAGGAGAAUGUUGGACAUGGAGCUGCCAGUCCGGAGGCAAAGAGGAAGGCCAAAGAGGAGGUAUAUGGAUGUAAUAAAUGAGGAUAUGAAGCUAGUGGGUGUAAGUGUUGAGGAUGCAGAAGAUAGGGAUAGGUGGAGAGAGAUGAUUCGCUGUGGAGACCCCUGAAGGGAAAAGCCCUAAGAAGAAGAUGAUGAUGCGCACCAUCUGACUGGUAAGUCAUUCCUCAGAUUAUAUCUAUAAUAGCUACUGUUCAAUUCACCAGACUAAUACAAGUUCACACAUAGCUCGUCCUAUAGAAACUGUGUCUGUUCCCCGAUUAGUGAGAUUAAAAGAUAAAUUCGUUAAUAACUCUCGAAAUAAUCUAAUCACAAUUAAUCCUAAAAAAGACCAAAUAGGUAAAGAAAAACAAUUUCUUAAGUUUGGGCUUCUGAACAUUAGAUCUCUUGCACCGAAAACACUUAUUAUUAAUGAAAUGAUCUCAGAUUAUAGUUUCGACACACUCUGUCUUACUGAAACCUGGCUUAGACCAAAUGAAUACAUUGGUCUGAAUGAGUCUACUCCGUCAGGAUAUUCAUAUAAGCAUGAGCCCCGUCAGACAGGUCGUGGUGGUGGUGUCGCAACCAUCUAUAAUAAUUCUCUUACCAUUACUCAGAAAACAGGACCCAGGUUUAACUCAUUUGAAGUGCUUGUCCUUAAUGGUGCACUCUCAGACAGGCAUAAAACAUCCCUCCUAUAUCUCGCUCUGGCCACCGUGUACAGACCCCCGGGACCCUACGGUGAUUUUCUUAAUGAGUUUUCACAUUUACUCUCAGAUCUUUUGAUCAGUUUUGACAAAGUGAUAAUCAUAGGAGACUUUAACAUUCAUGUAGAUGAUGCUAAUGAUGCUUCAGGACUUGCAUUUAUAGAUUUACUAAAUUCCUUUGGGGUUAAACAAAACAUUAAUAGACCAACCCAUUGUUUUAAUCAUACACUAGACUUAGUUAUAUCACAUGGGACUGAUGUUACUGAUAUAACUGUUCUACCUCAAAGUGAUGACAUCACAGACCAUCACCUCUUAGUGUACACUCUACCUGUAGAACAUAUUAGACACGUCUCUCCACGUUAUAAACUUGGUAGAACUAUAACUCCGACCACUAAAGACAGAUUUACAAACAAUCUGCCAGAUCUGUCUCAACUUCUUACUAGACCCCGAAAUGCAGAUGCACUAGAUGAAGUAACCAACAGCAUAAGCAAUAUUUUCACCAGCACACUAGACACUGUUGCCCCCAUCUGACUAAAAAAGGUCAGAGAUAAAACACUGCACCAUGGUACAAUAGUCAUACUCACACCCUCAAGAGAGCAACCCGUGACCUCGAGCCAAAGUGGAGAAAAACCAAAUUAGAAGUUUUUAGAAUUGAGUAUAAAGACAGUCUGUCCAGCUAUAGACAGGCUCUAAAAGCUGCUAGGGCUGAGCAUCUGAGCAAACUGAUAGAAAUAAACCAGAACAAUCCCAGAUUCUUAUUCAGUACAGUGGCUAAACUAACAAAGCAUCAGAUUUCUGGAGAGAGUAUUUCAGCACAGUUUAGUAGUGAGGACUUUAUGAAUUUCUUCACUAAAAAAAUUGAUAGUAUCAGGAACAAAAUAUUGGAUAUUCAACCACUGACAGCAUCCGGUGAUCCAGACCAGCCUAUAGCUCCACACUUAAAGCUACAAUGCUUUACCAGCAUAAGGCAGGAAGAGCUAGUUAAACUUACCACCACGGCUAAACCAACAACGUGUUUGUUGGAUCCAAUUCCAACUAGAUUGCUGAAAGAAGUGAUACAUGCAGCUGGAGAGCCUCUUCUUAAUAUUAUUAACUCUUCGUUAUUUUUUAGGUCAUGUCCCAAAAUCUCUUAAGUUAGCGGUUAUUAAGCCUCUUCUUAAGAAACCGAAACUGGACCCUGAUGAAAUAUCAAAUUACAGACCGAUUUCAAACCUUCUGUUUAUAUCUAAAAUAUUAGAAAAGGUGUCAGCUCAAUUAUGCUCCUUCCUACAGGAAAACAAUAUCCUUGAAGAAUUUCAGUCAGGUUUUAGGCCCCAUCAUAGUACAGAAACUGCACUAGUUAAAAUCACUAAUGACUUGAUUUUAGCUUCGGACCAAGGCUGCAUCUCCAUUUUAGUCCUGCUUGAUCUUAGUGCUGCAUUCCACACUAUAGAUCAUAAUAUUCUCAUAGAUCUCUUACAAAAAUCACACAGGUAUGCAGGGACAGGCAUUAAAAUGGUUUAGAUCCUACCGGUCUGAUCCAUACCACUUUGUAGAUUUAAAUGGAGAACUGUCCAGUGUAGUGCCAGUGAAAUAUGGGGUCCCACAAGGGUCAGUUUUAGGACCUCUGCUUUUCUCAGUAUACAUACUUCCAUUGGGUGACAUCAUUAGAAGGCAUGGGAUUAGUUUCCAUUGUUAUGCUGAUGAUACCCAGUUAUAUAUCUCAUCAAAACCAGAUGAAAUAUCUAAUUUGUCUAGAUUAACUGAGUGUGUUAAAGAUAUUAGAGAUUGGAUGACCGAUAAUUUCCUAUUAUUAAAUUCUGACAAGACAGAGAUAUUACUUAUUGGCCCAAAAACUAGUACACAGAAGCUCUCGCAAUUCAGCUUGCAUCUAGAAGGAUGUACUGUUACCACUAGCUCAACAGUGAAAGACCUGGGUGUAAUAUUAGACAGCAACUUAUCCUUUGAAAAUCAUAUUUCCAAUAUCACAAAAACAGCCUUCUUCCAUCUUAGAAAUAUUUCCAAGCAUAGGAACAUUUUAUCUGUAUCUGAUGCAGAAAAACUAGUUCAUGCAUUCCUGACCUCCAGACUGGUCUACUGUAAUAAACAACAUCUUCAAUAAACAAGCUACAGUUAGUCCAGAAUGCAGCCGCCAGGGUUCUUACCAGAUCAAGAAAAUAUGAUCAUAUAACCCCAAUAUUAUCAUCCCUGCACUGGCUACCUGUGAAGUUUAGAAUUGACUAUAAAUUAGCUCUACUCACGUACAAGGCUCUAAUUGGUUUAGCUCCCACCUAUCUCUCCAGUCUCCUAACAAGUUACAAUCCACCACGCUCUUAAGAUCACAAAAUUCCGGACUUCUGGUAGUUCCCAGAAUAUCAAAGUCCACAAAAGGGAGUAUAGUGUUUUCGUAUUUAGCUCCUAAACUUUGGAAUAGUCUUCCUGACAGUGUUCGGGGCUCAGACACAGUCUCCCAGUUUAAAUGUAGACUAAAGACUUAUCUCUUCAGCCUGGCAUACAUCUAACACAUCCCAUAACCUUGUACUCCAGUACAUCUGAUUAAAUGCACAUUCAGCUAGUACUGCUAAUAUUAUGAACAGCAGCUACGCUAAUGCUGUUCCAUUGUUUCCCUUCUUCUACCCAUCCCGAGGCAUACAGAGACUGUGCCGGCUCCAGUGGCAUCCGGAGAUGGACCAGCUCCAGCCAGGCUCUGCUUGUGAGGAUUGGGGUAUUCAAGCAGCGCUGUGGACAACAACCUCCUUAUUGAUUUACAUAACACUAUACACAUGCUGUAUCUACAUCACACAAUUGUCACCCAAAUGAGGAUGGGUUCCCUUUUGAGUCUGGUUCCUCUCAAGGUUUCUUCCUCUUACCAUCUAAGGGAGUUUUUCCUUGCCACAGUCGCCUCAGUCACCUCAGGCUUGCUCACUUGGGAUAACAUCUAGGACUGUCUGUCUGUCUGUCUGUUCAUGUUUGUUGUUUUCUUACGUGGUUUCUCAUGUAAA